GCCCUUCCGGCUUUCCGUCCGCCGGCAGUCAUUGGUCGGGCUCCGCGCGGCUGACAGGCUUGGCGGGCAAGGGAGCUUCGAGGAUGGCGGCGUCCGCGGCACUGGUCCUGCCAGACAGCCCCAGCAUGAAAAAAGCAGUGUUGCUGAUAAAUACAAUAGAUAUAGGAAGAUUUCCACGAUUGCUUACCCGAAUUCUUCAGAAACUUCACCUGAAGGCUGAGAGCAGUUUCAGUGAAGAAGAAGAAGAAAAACUUCAAGCUGCAUUUUCUCUAGAGAAACAAGAUCUUCACCUAGUUCUUGAAACAAUAUCAUUUAUUUUAGAACAGGCAGUAUAUCACAAUUCAAAGCCAGCAACUCUGCAGCAGCAAUUAGAGAACAUUCGUCUUGAACAAGACAAAGCAGAAGCAUUUGUCAAUACUUGGUCUUCUAUGGGUCAAGAGACAGUUGAAAAGUUCAGGCAGAGGAUUCUGGCUCCCCACAAGUUAGAGACAGUUGGAUGGCAGCUUAACCUUCAGAUGGCUCACUCUGCUCAAGCAAAACUAAAAUCUCCUCAAGCUGUGUUACAACUAGGAGUGAACAGUGAAGAUUCAGAGAAGCUGGAGAAAGUUCUUGUGGAAUUCACUCAUAAGGAGUUGUUUGAUUUCUAUAACAAGUUAGAGACUAUACAAGCACAGCUGGAUUCCCUUACAUGAUGUUAUUGAAGACUGAUUUCUCCAUCACACUCCUGCCACCCCCAUUAUUUUGCAUUGAAGAGAGAUUGCCUGGCUGUUUUCUGGAAGACUCAGUGACUUUCUUUUUAUAAAUUAUAUGGCUUGUCACUUCUUAGACAAGUAAUAACGAAGGGAAAGCAAUGUUAAGAGUACUAAGUUCUAAUGUAUAGUGUUUGUCUAGUUCUGUGAGCCAGUAGCAAUUAUUAUGAACACUUUUACUUUCAAGAAAUCAAAAGUGAAUAGUAUAUUGUUUUUACUUUAAUCUUUAUUGCCUCAUCUGUUUAUUGUUUACAUGCUUGAUGACCCCUGUAUGUAUCAAGGAGGGUCCACAUAUAGAAGAUAUAAUGUGUACCCUACCAGAAUACAGAACUUCAGUAAUUACAUUAGUAAAAUUAAGGAAACAGCCAUGUGCAGUCAAAUAUAUCAUGGCAUUUUUUCCUAUAAGAAGUAUAUUUUGCCUGAGAAAUUAUAUGAAAGAAAUUUAAAGUAGAACUAGUAGUAUUAUAUCAAUUCUAAUGUCAGCCUUUCUACAUUAAUUUUUCUGAGUUUAAUGAUUUUAAAAAUAGUGCAGAUUUUUGUGUCCUUUUCUUUGUAAUGAAAAUUAAUGAUUCACUUCAUAGUGUGAGACACAGAUGCAGAUCAUGAAUAAAAACAAUUGUAAUGAAUAGUAAAUGGGCAUCUUUAUAAUUUCAAAUCACAUACCUUUUGUAUUUCCUUCCCUGAAUGCAUUUAUUUCAGUCAAUAAAAUUUUUGUAUUUUAGAAUUGUUUGAA